AUCAACAUUGAGGUGUUGUCUGUGGUGGCUCAACAGAUUCUGGCCGUCCUCUCGGCGCUCGCCUCGAUGCCCAAGAACCAGGGCACACCUGAAGACAUCCGCUUCAUGUUUGAGGGUAGAAUGAUCAAACUAGUCUGGUCCUGUGGCAUCUUCAUCACAAUGAAUCCCGGCUACGCUGGACGAACUGAAUUGCCGGAUAACUUGAAGUCCAUGUUUCGACCUAUCGCCAUGGUCGUUCCCGACUCCACAAUGAUUGCUGAAAUUACGCUCUUUGCUGAGGGCUUUAAUAACACGAAGGUAACUUAG